GAAAUUAGAAGCAGAAACUCAAGGUUUGGUUCAAAAAAGAUGACACAGAGCCUGUCGGGCUGGACCACUCUUGGCAAAGUUUCAGUGUGACAUCCAUACAAACCAGGACCUUACAUGGAUCUACUGUAAAAGGAAAGGGAGCGUUUUUAUAGGGGAAUUCUUACCGGUUUUUUUUCCCGUUUGAGCCAAUAUUUCUAUUCACCAAGGAUGGAUCAGCCAACGAACACGCAGACACCGCAUCAGCACGAACCCAUCAGCUUCGGGAUUGAUCAGAUUUUAAACUCUUCUGAUCAGGAGACCCCUUCCCAACCCGCCCCCCGAGGAUCAGACGGCAGCACCACGAAUUACUUGGGAAGCCCCGUGAGCAGAACCAGCGCCCCGUACCCUUCCUUGCCCGGCUCCUUCCCUGGCAUCGGGUCCCCAUUCGAAGACUCUGGAUCUUACAGUGUGAAUCUAAGCUUGGCUCCAUCUGGCGUGAUCAGGGUGCCAGCUCACAGACCCAUCCCUGGGGCAGUGCCACCUCCCAUUUCUAGUGCCAUACCAGCCAUGCCAGCUGUACCCAGCCUUGGCAGCCUCAACUUCCCUUGGAUGGAGAGCAGCAGGCGGUUCGUCAAGGACAGAUUCACAGCGGCGGCCGCGCUCACCCCUUUCACAGUGACGCGGAGGAUCGGGCACCCCUACCAGAACCGCACCCCGCCCAAACGCAAGAAGCCGCGCACCUCCUUCUCCCGGGUGCAGAUCUGCGAGCUGGAGAAGCGCUUCCACCGGCAGAAGUACCUCGCCUCGGCCGAAAGGGCGGCGCUCGCCAAGUCGCUCAAGAUGACCGACGCGCAAGUCAAGACCUGGUUCCAGAACCGCAGGACCAAGUGGCGGAGGCAGACGGCGGAGGAGCGGGAGGCCGAGAGGCAACAGGCCAGCCGGCUGAUGCUGCAGCUCCAGCACGACGCCUUCCAGAAGUCCCUGAACGAUUCAAUCCAGCCGGACCCCCUCUGCCUGCACAACUCCUCCCUCUUCGCGCUGCAGAACCUCCAACCCUGGGAAGAGGAGGGCGCCAAGAUCCCGCCAGUGACCUCCUUGGUGUAAGGGAUCCUCGCCGCCUGGGCAGGUGCGGGCCUCCCUCGGGAAGACAGACACAGGCGCCCUCCUCCACCUCUCCCUGCAUGAAUCGAAGGCCUCAGCCGGACGGUGCUCCGACCGAAAACAAGACCGCCACGGACGAGGCCGGGAGUGUGUCUGUGUCUCUCUCUGUGUGUGUGUGCGUAGACGGGGCGGGGAGGGCGGUCCCACCACCGCCCACACCCUGUCGCUGCCUCUACUGGCGACGGACCCAGGCGGAGAGACAUCCGUGGCCCUAGCGGGGCUGCACGGAGCUGAAGUGCGAAGGGUGGCCCCGCCCUAUCCUAAGAGUAAGCCCACUCCAGGACUUCUGGUGCCAGACUCCUUCCAGCCCUGGACUUGGCAGAGAGGGUUCCCUUCCACACACCUCUCGGGGCGGAGGCCGGAGGGGAGAAGGCCGCUGAUCUCGCCUGCCCCAAACGCAAGAUCCCGCUACCUGAAUCCCAGCCCCGAACCCCGCCCCGGCGCCUGGCUGGCAGCCACCCGCGUGGGGAGAGAGUCCUGGCUUCUCCAGAGGAAAGGCGGGGGGUCCCCCUGAGUCACUGUCCCUCCGGCAGGGUUUCUCUUCUGCUCCCCCCGCCCCAAUGUUGGGAAUAAAACCAUGAGAUAAAGGACGUAAUCUUGCUGGGGGGGAAAGCACUGCCGGAUGCCCGGUUGGGGCCGCCAUCCAGUUGCUGAGGCAGGCGGCUGCCGGUUUCCGAAAGGGGCCCGGCAGCGCUGCGGCGGACGAGCUGAAGGCGCGCGGCAGUCAGUGGCCGCUGGUUGCGCCCCGCCUCGCCGCCGUGCCCCUGCUCGCCGCUGCGUGCCUCCCUGCCUGCCUGCACCCGCGUGGCCCAUUAGCGGGAGGAAAUAAUCAGAAAUAAAAGGCAGGCGGCGGAGACGCGCUUUCUUCUUCUUCUUCUUCUUCUUCUUCUUCUUCUUCUUCUUUCUUCUUGUAAGAAAUGUGAAUAUUUCAAUGUAUUUAUGCACCGAGAUGCCGAGCACUGUUAAUAGAGAGCGCGACGAGAGAGAAGCUGGCUUAUUUAUUUGGGAAAGCUGGACAGAUAUUCUAGGCUGGCUCUGGAAGGCGAGAGGGGCCCGCGUGUUGCCCUCCUCCAGCUCCUGCUUUGGAUGCUCUACCGCUCCCCCCCCCCUUAAAAUCACUUAGCGGAGGAAAAUGCAUUUAUUCUCUUAAGAAACCCUGUUAACGCUGAAAAGCAGGCCUCCCCGGUUUGUACCCCAAGCGAACUUAACGCUGCCACCCGUAAUUUAUUCGCCACGGUAAUAAAAGGCUCCCCUUUCAGGCAACUCAUCCUUCAUUUUUUUAUUUUUUAUUUUGGUCCCCACCUCCCCUUCUGGCAGAAAAUGAACAUAAACGUGGAGCGGGGGUGGAGGACGAGAGAGGGAGAAAAAGAGAAAAACAAAAUACAGAAAAAAGAACAAAGCCGCCGCCCCCGCGCCGAUCCCUUUGCCCGCAACUGACGUGUAGAGAAAGCGCCUUAUGUUUCAUAAUAAUAAAUAAUAAAUAAAUAAAUAAAUAAUAAUUAAUAAUUAAAAAAAUACUAAGGAAGAGUUGAGGUUGAUCCAAACCGUGUAUAAUACUUUGUACUUGCUGAAAUGUGUAAAUAAAUGUUUUCUUUAAAAAUG